AUGUCCACCAAUAUAAUUGGAUUGAACGGCUCCAUUAAGAAGAAAAAAUUAACAUUAGGCCGUCAGAAAAUAGAAAUAAAGAAGAUAGAAGAUGUUAAUCACCGGCAAGUCACAUUUUCAAAGCGACGCACCGGCCUAUUCAAAAAGGCGUCGGAGUUAUGCGUCUUGACCGGAGCUGAAGUGGCUGCCAUUGUCACUUCACCUGGAAACCGAACGUUCGCCUUCUGUAGCCAGACAGACCCAACUGCGUUACUGAAAAACUGUCUAUCAGAAGGUGAUGGUUCGCCAUUAGCUCAAGAUCAGAUGCAGAAUCCAGAGAAAGUUAGGGAAUUGAAUGAACAAUAUUCGAAUUUGUUGGCGGCGCUUGAAGAGGAGGAGAAGAGAGGGACGAGGAUCGUGGAGGAGAAGGGAGAAGGAGGUGGGUUUUGGUGGGAAGAACAAAUGGAUGGUAAUAUGGGUGUGGAGGAAUUGGAGAGAUAUAUGUUUGCUUUGGAGAAGUUGAAGAGGAAUGUGCAGGUUAGGGCUGAUGAAUUGAUGAUGAGUAGAGCUAGGGAUAUGGCUGCUAAUCCUUUGCAGAUUCAACCUGCUUUUUGUUCGUUUAAUUAUGAUCCUAAUCUUGAUCCACAUUUGUUUUUGAUGCCUAAUAAUCAUCAUCAUGUUUAUGAUACAUUUCCUCGUGGCCAGCCUCCUCCGCAGUAA